AUGUCUGAUUUCUUGGACUUCCGCUCUGUGGCCUCCAACCGCCAUGAGGGCAAGAAACAUAUCAUUAUAGUUGGUGCAGGUAUCAUUGGUGUCUGCACCGCAUACUAUCUCGUCAAACACCCCAAGUUUGAUCCAGAGAAGAUGCAUAUUUCCUUGGUCGAAAGCAAGAGAGUAGCUGGUGGUGCUAGUGGAAAGGCUGGAGGUUUGCUAGCUUUGUGGGCGUUCCCACAACAACUUGUGCCCCUUUCAUUCGAGCUACACCAGCAGCUAGCUGAUAUGUACGACGGAGAGUCCGAGUGGGAUUACAGAAGACUCACGACAGUCUCGCUUGAGGGAGACAUUAGCCAUAUUCAAAGUGAUAAUGAGGACGACGAGCUGUCGCAGACAGACCUUGGUUCCUCCAGCGAGCGCGCUGACAGCACGGAGAGCAGCAACACCUUGUCCUCAGAGACCUCUUCUCUGAGCGGCCCAAAACCAAAGAAGUCUAGCGAGGCCCGCAAGACCCUAAAUUCAAGAAAACUUCCAGAAGAUCUCAAUUGGAUCAACGAGACUCUUGUCAGUCAGUGUUCAUCCUUGGGUGGUAAAGAUACCACUGCUCAGGUCCAACCGUACCGUUUCACUAACUUCAUCUUGAAAAAAGCUGUGGAAGACUCUAAAGGGGCCCUAGAGCUCAUUUUGGGUAAAGUCAGUAAGAUCACCUAUCUGAUGGAAACAGGAAUGGCUACAGGCAUCCAGUAUGAGCCCACUAGUGUCAAAGUUACUCAAACUGAGGGUCACGUCGAACAGCUCUCUUUGAAAGGAGAUCAGAUUGUACUUAGUGUCGGUCCUUGGACCUCCAAAAUCCUACCAGAUUGUCCAAUUUCUGGUUUGAGAGCACAUUCAAUCACCAUUACUCCAUACAAAAACCAGACCAUGUCUCCGUACGCCAUCUUCACUGAGUUCAAGACUGGACCAAAUACAUACACUUCACCUGAAGUCUACGCCCGUAAAGACGAGGUGUUCGUUUGUGGAGAGGGUGAUUCAGCAGUUGAUGUCCCAGAGACUACUGACGACGUGGAAGUCGUGAAAUCUAAAUGUGACGAUCUAUUCAAACAAGUCGGAAAAAUCUCACCAGCAUUGAGAAAAGGACGUAUAUUGAAACGCCAAGCCUGUUACUUGCCGGUUCUAGAUGUCCCGUCCAGUAGUGGUCCAUUGAUUGGAGAGACAAACGUGGAAAAUCUCUUUUUGUGCUCUGGCCACUCGUGCUGGGGUAUCAACAAUGCACCAGGUAGUGGUAAGGUUAUGAGUGAAUUAUUGCUCGAAGGAAGAGCCAAAUCAGCCAAUAUCUCCUCUCUUGAUCCAUCAUUAUACUUCGACGCGUCUGUCUUGGUUAGUGACGACGAAAGUGACGACGGGCAUUUUGACAGUGACUAA